AUGAAGCAGUCCAGUACUAGGAAUAGUGAAAGCGCGCCCAUCAAUCUCGUAGAUCAUCAUGAGGAUCCAUUGAGCCAAUCCAGUAGCCAUUCACCACCAAGAGAAGAAUUUGUGGACGAAGAACAAGGCCUUCGAACCGGUCACACCAAAGAUCUCGAGUUGGAGCAAGGAAAAGUGGUGGCAUCGGAAGAACAAGUCCAAGCCAUGAUUCAAAACGUUUCGCAAAUGGCCAAGAACGAAAAGCCUGACCCCAUUAUUCGCCCAGAUGGCCGUCGCCGUUCGAGCAGCGACCGCCGCAGUGAAUCCAGAAGAAGCAGUAGUCGUCCAAAAGAUCCAAAUUUGCCACGGUCCUCAUCCCCGCGACGAUCAGCGUCCGGACGGCCCUCUGCUUCGAGAUCACGAUCUCGUCGCGAAUCAAGUGCGAAACGAGAAAGUAGCAGUGGCCGUACUUCUUCCGAAAGACGUUCGUCUUCCGAACGACGUCAUUCCUCUCAUCGUAAACGAUCUUCCUCGAGGAAGGGUGGAGAUCGCGAUAGGGGAAGUCGAAGUCGAUCAAGACAUGGUCAACAUCACCGCCAUCGUUCCAGUCGUCACAAAAAGGAAGAAGGCAAUAAAAUUGUGGACGAAGUUCCCAAGAUUCCCGAGAAACAACCUCCUCGCAAAAAGAAUUAUGGCAUGUUUGUCUUUUUGAUGAUGUUGCUCAUCAUUCCAGCAAUGAUAUUUGUUUACUUUUUCCUAUUUGCACCCAACGAUGACUCCAAGGAACCAGUCAAGUUGCUGAUUACCAAUUCUCCGACUCUGGCACCUACCAUUGAAACGGCCAGGCCUACUCAGGCCCCUACCGAGCCGGGGGCCACUCCAAUUCCAUCCCUAUCUCCCUCAAUGGUGCCCACGCCAAGUCCUUCGGAUAAUAUGGAGGGUCCCAUCAGUGAGUUCUUCACUGCAAACAAUGUCGAUUACAAUAAUACGGCAGUCAAAAAGGCAGUCGAUUGGUUGAUUGAUGAAGCCUAUUUUGCCAAUUCUCUUGCCUUUCCACUGGACGAAAAGUAUCUACAACGAUUUGGUAUCUUGGCUCUUUACUUUUCCAUUUUUCAAGAUCCAACGCAAGCGACACUCGCACCAGCUCAACCUGACCUAGACACGGACCCCGAUGUGCCAGAUCUAGUCGCAGACAUUCAGCAAUUUGGUGAAAUCACACUGCCCAAUUGGGGAAUGAGAACCCAAGACCAUUGCUUUUGGAGAGGCAUGGUCUGCAAUGAAGAUGGCAUGAUCAUCGAAAUUCGAUUGUCUAAUCGACAGUUGACGGGAACAUUGCCAAAAGAAUUGGGUCUCUUUCCCUCUCUCCGAUAUAUUGACUUUUCCAACAAUCAAUUGCAAGGCAGCAUUCCCGAAGAGCUCUAUGACAAUAUGGAAUUGGAACAUAUGUACCUCUACAAGAAUAGUUUGUCAGGAACGAUCUCUAGUAAGAUUGGCAAUCUAUGGAACUUGACGCACGUCCAUUUGAGUCAUAAUCAGAUCUCUGGACCGAUUCCCAAUCGAAUGGCUUCUCGGGCCAAGAUUCGUCAGAUUCGCUACUUUAAUGUCCACCGAAACCAAAUGACGGGUACCAUUCCUGCCAACAUGAGAUUACGUCAAAUGUUCUACAUGGAUUUGGGGGCGAAUCAGUUCAGCGGACCUUUGCCGCCGGAACUAGGAUCGGAAUAUGUUAGGUUGAGGCAUUUGUUCUUGGACCACAAUCAGUUUACCGGUACGAUGCCCCAAUCCUACAUUGUGGCCGGUAAUGGACGCAUCCGGACAUUGGAAGUGAAUGAUAAUCAGCUUCGUGGCGCCUUCCCCGGCAACCACCAGAGUUACACUGAGCUCAUGCAACUGACGCUUCACAACAACAACUUUGAUUCCAUGGACAAGGAUACCUGCAAGCUGGAAGUCUUUGUGGGCGGAGAACUUGUCGAAUUCAAAUCACAGUGUAGUAUCUGCAGGUGUGGUGGCGACAGUCUCAUGUGUCGUUUCUGUGUGUAA